AUGGAGGUAGCGGACGAGGACCAGGAUGAGGACGAGGAGGAAGAGGAGGAGGAGGACGAGAUAAUGAUUGAUGAACUCAACGACGAGCAGGACCCGUCCGAGUGCGACAACAAGCCCGAGAACAAGCCCGAGAACGAGCCCAAGCACGCAAAGCUGACGCUGAUUAAGAAAGCGUGCUUAAUGUUUUGCAUUGCGCUACUUAACUAG